AUGGUAUGGGAGUUGUCACAAAGGACUGGUCAGAAUGGAAGUGACCAUAACAAGGACAGAGAUAUAGCUACUGCCAUUGAAGAAUGUUACGACAAGUAUUUCAAAGAAAGUACCCAGGAACUGAGCUCGGCUGACUUCUACGCUGCUGUCUGCAAAACUGUAGAGGAAAUCAACAAGAAGCUCAAUAGCACACAGUUCCGAGUCUCCGACAAAGAGAAGCUCAAACAAGUCUACAAUUCUCACUACAAAGAUGACAGCAAGAACAACAAAGAAAAAGGCAUUGUCAAGGGAGGAAUUCCAAAAGGUGCUGGAGGAAAUAAUGAUUGGGGCCGGGUUCACGGGGUUCGGAUCUUUCGCUCUGUUCAUCAAAACAAAGGAUAG